GGUUUCCGGGGUUGUGUCGGUUCAUACAUUGUAUUGGUUCACCAUCUGCGGGGUUUAAAAGGACGGGAGAUCGCCCGAGACGGAGAGGAGAGGGUUGCUGAGAAAUCGUUAAAGGGGUUUUGGUCGGUUAAUGGGGUCGCGAAAGACUAGUUUAUGUGAACUGCGUACGCCAUUCGUGCCGGGUACGGCGCCCGUAUGUCUCGCCCCCCUCUUCUGUGAUUGUCUCGCGCUCUGGUUGCCUGCAUAGUUAAACAUGGCCGCCUCACACCGGAAGCUCUUGGAGGUCUGACGCGUUUUCCAAUUUUUUUUAAAAUAAUUUUUAAUUUAAUUUAAUUUAAAUUUAAUUUAAUUUUGUACCGUUGUGAUCUCGUAAUGCGAGAGCGUGCAACAUAUUACACGGUACAAGAUAAAAUAAACAAAAAUUGGAAACGCGUCGGACCUCCCAAGAGCUUCCGGUCUGACGCAUUUCCAAUUUUUGUUUUUUAUUUUUUAUUUUUUAUUUUAUUUUAUUUUGUACCGUUGUGAUUUUAAUGUCUCGUAAUUCGAGAGCGUGCAAGAUAUCACACGGUACAAAAAUAAUAAAAUAAAAUAACCAAAUAUUGGAUAAACAAAAAUUGGAAACGCGUCAGACGGCCAAGAGCUUCCGGUCUGACGCAUUUCCAAUUUUUGUUUUAUUUUAUUUUGUAACGUUGUGAGUUGAACGUAUCGUAAAGCCUGAGCGUGCAAGAUAUCACACGGUACAAAAUAUAAAUUAAAAAAAAAAAAAAAAAGUGGAAUGCGUCACACUAUUUAACUACGCAGGCAACGAGAGUGGUAACUGUCGAAUAAUUAAUGGACUCGUUUGUGUCCAAACUGCUUCAAUAAGCAACAUUCAAAUACAUGGUUUAAUUAUUGAAUAAUAUAUAUAUAUGUGUAAUAUAGAUAGUGCAUAUAUGCUUGCACUUAAAUCCUCAAUGCUGCUGUGCAUGUGUUAAUGUAAUGUGCCAGGCUGAACACCAUGCCUCAUCCUCCUUUUUUUUUUUUAUUGCAAAGAAAAUUAAAAAAAAAUCUUCUGAGAACUUUUCUCCUUUCCUUAGUUUCAGCCUCCUCCUAUCCUUGCUCCUUGAUCCUCCAGCAGAGCAGAGGCUGCGAGGAAAGGAAUUGAGGAUGUACAAACUGAGGGGUGAUGGGAGGGCGUGGGCUUCCCCCCGGUGACCCCAGUGUUUAUUGUCACAACGCUAUGAAUUGAGGGUAAUUCCCUCAACUAAAGUCUCUGAAUCUUCCCCCGGAAAAAGUGUGCACAAAAGGUCUCAAAAGCGCUUGAUUAGACCGCAGGACGACCCUUUAGCCCUCACUGAUCUGAAGUCAGUGAGCGUUGACAUUGGACUCUGCAGCCAUGUCCGUCAACGUUCACAUCAACAGCCCCAAUGUGAAGUACACGGAUACACACAUUGUGUCUCAGUAUCCCUACCAGACCACAUCGGUCCACAGAGAUGGGAACAAAGUGACCGUGACCCCGCGCACCACCGAGAUGACCUUUUCCACAGAGAGACACGUGCCCCAGCUGGGCGUGAUGCUGGUGGGCUGGGGAGGCAACAACGGGACCACCGUGACGGCAGCGGUCCUGGCCAACAAGCGAGGCCUCACCUGGAGAACCAAGACUGGAGUGAAGAAAGCAAACUACUUCGGCUCCCUCCUGCAAGCGUCGACUGUUUGUCUCGGCUCGGGUCCAGAGGGCGAGGUCAACGUGCCCAUCCGUGAUCUCCUGCCCAUGGUGCACCCCAAUGACAUAGUCUUUGACGGCUGGGACAUCUCGUCAAUGGACCUGGGCAGCGCGAUGGAGAGAGCCGAGGUGCUCGACUGGUCCUUACAAGAGCAGCUGCGUCCGCACAUGAGCCGCAUGAAGCCCAGGCCGUCGAUCUACAUCCCCGACUUCAUCGCCGCCAACCAAGAGAGCCGGGCGGACAACGUCCUGACCGGCAGCAUGGCGGAGCAGCUGGAGCAGAUCAGAGCCGACAUAAGAGACUUCCGCCGCUCGAGCGGCGUGGACAAAGUCAUCGUCCUGUGGACCGCCAACACCGAGCGCUUCUGCGACCUCACGCCGGGGGUCAACGACAAGGCGGAGAACCUGCUCGCCGCGAUCCAGGAUGGAGCAGAUGUCUCCCCCUCCACCCUGUUCGCGGUGGCCAGUAUCCUGGAGGGCUGUGCCUACAUCAACGGCUCUCCGCAGAACACCUUCGUGCCGGGGGCCAUCGAGCUGGCCGUGCAGAAGGGGGUGUUCAUCGGAGGAGACGACUUCAAAUCCGGCCAGACCAAGAUCAAGUCGGUGCUGGUGGACUUCCUGGUCAGCUCGGGCAUCAAGCCGACCUCCAUCGUCAGCUACAAUCACCUCGGCAACAACGACGGGAGGAACCUGUCGGCUCCGCAGCAGUUCCGCUCCAAAGAGAUCUCCAAGAGCAACGUGGUGGACGACAUGGUCCAGUCCAACUCCGUACUGUACCAGCCGGGGGAAAAGCCCGACCACUGUGUGGUGAUUAAGUACGUCCCCUGUGUGGGAGACAGCAAGCGGGCCAUGGACGAAUACACUUCUGAAAUAAUGAUGGGCGGGACCAAUACGAUCGCACUGCACAACACCUGUGAGGACUCUCUCCUGGCCACCCCGAUCAUGCUGGACCUGGUGAUCCUGACGGAGCUGUGUCAGCGCGUCACCGUCCGACCCCAGGGCGAGGAGGACUUCAUGUCCUUCCACAGCGUCUUGGCGCUGCUCUCCUUCCUCUGCAAGGCCCCCCUGGUUCCGUCCGGGACGCCGGUCAUCAACUCCUUCUUCCGCCAGAGGACCUGCAUAGAAAACAUCUUGAGAGCGUGCCUGGGCCUUCCUCCCCAGAACCACAUGCUGCUGGAGCACAAGCUGCAGAGGGACUUCCUGCCUCCGUGCGCCGCCUACGUCAACGGCGACGUGGCCGCUUUCAAAAUAGCUUCCCUCACCAACGGGAACCACCCGCCGCUCUCAAACGGCAUCCAUAACCACGCGGAGGACGACGCGACUCGCGCGUUGUGACCGUAAACGCAACCCCACCCCCCCCACCCCCAGAUCGAACUCUACCUUUUACACAAUUGUCUUGAUAGUGUGCAUAAUAAGAACAAACAUUCUCAUUCAUCUAUCAUUGCAACAAAAACAACAACAACAACAACAACAACAACAGUGGUUUGAGUAAAUUUAACAUUUAAAAUCAUAGGAAUUCAUCAAGUCUUGGUGUAUUUUUAAAAGAAAAUGGUUUGGUGCUUCCACAUUUACACGUCAUUGACCUCAAUAGCUACUAAAAAUCUACGGAGGGUAGUAUGAAGCCAAUAAACCAUACUAAUCUCCAUUGUUUUAUAUGUAUUGUAUUUAAAAAAAGUAGUGGAAACAUUUUUCUUGCAUCGUUACUGAAAUUGUUUUCUUGUGCAAUUCAUAUGUAAAACACGGUUGGAUAUUACAGUUCCUAGAAGUUGGUUUAAUUUUUAAAUAAGCAGAAACUGAUGAAGUAGUGAACCGUUAAAUGCUUUGUUUGUUGUUUUGAUGAAUGAGGGGCGUCUCUUAACUUUAUUUUGUGUCAUUGUUUGAAGCUGAGUUACAGAAGAUAUGUAUGCAGUUUGUACUGUUUAUGUUUAACAGUAACCUGGGUUAUUUAUAGACAAUAAACAUGUUAAGUAUUGUUUGAACUAAAACGCA